GGUCGUUUUUAGUGUUUACUGACUAUAAUUCUAUUUCCUGUAUGCUACCGAUUGAAAAUUUAUCACCUCAAAGUUAUUUUUAUUGAUUAAUGAUAACAAAAUAGUUAAAUUCCACCAUGGAAAAAGACAAAAAGGGAAAAGGACAAAAAAGUUUUUUUCAUCGCCCAAAGAAGAAAGAUGAGAAGGAUAAAAAGUCUAGCAGCAUGCACGGGAUGACUGAGGGAAUAGCGGGGAUGGCUAUGGAGACCAUGACCCAGUGGCAGGUUAACGAGCGCUUCGAGCAGAUGCUGGACAACUUAAACUUAACAGAAGAAAAAAAGGCACCACUAAGAAAUAAAGGCAUAGAGGAGAAAAAGGCAAUGUUAAGAAUGCAGUUCAAUGUUGACAAUAUUGAUGAACAUACUGAUAAUCCAAGUACAUUUCUGGCAAAGUUAAAGAACCCAGAAUUACAAGGUGAUGAGAGACUGGACAUUCUAAAGUCCCUAAAGGUCAUGUUAACAAGUAAACCAGUCAGCUGGGUUAAAGAAUUUGGUGAGGACGGUCUCAAUAUGUUGCUCAAGCAUCUGGUACAUUGCUGUAAUAGAACAAAAGAAACGAUGAGGAAAGAAGAAAGACAAAGUCGGCUGGAAUGUGUCAAAUGUAUCAAGGCUUUCAUGAAUAACACUUUUGGCCUGACUAAGAUGCUGGAGAGUGAGGAGGGACUGUCCAUCUUGUCCCGUUGUUUGGACCCGACUGACCCAGACACCAUGAUGUUGUGUGUCAGUAUCCUCGCUGCUGUCUGUAUCUACGAGCCUCCUUUGGGGCAUGAGAAGGUGUUGGAGGGUCUUGCGGUCAGUGCUGAGAUGAAGAACAUGGACCGGUUUGACAUGAUAAUCACGGGUCUGGGUAUGAGGAUUAACCUCCCGCUACAGGUCGGCUGUAUGCAGCUGGUGAACGCCAUCAUCUGUACUCCUCACAACCUGGACUUCCGCCUCCACCUUAGAAAUGAAUUCAUGAGAUGUGGACUGCGAGAUUUAAUAAAGCAUUUAGAUGAACAAGAUAACGAGGAGUUACAAGUCCAGCUGAGGACCUUCCACGAUCAGGCCGACGACGACCAAGAGGAGAUAAUCCAGAGAUUUGAACUCACCAAAGUGGAUAUGUCAGACCCUGAUCAUUGCUACGAAAUGCUAAAACAACUGAACUCUGCAGAUAAAGAGAGUGAGAUGUGUUUUCUUUCCAUCCUUCAGCAUUUGUUGUGUAUACGAGAUGACUUUUUUGUCAGGACGGAGUACUACCGGCUGAUAGAGGAAUGCCUGACACAGAUUGUUCUCCACAAAGAUGGAGUGGACCCAGACUUCAAGAAAACCAAGAGAUUCGACAUCAAAAUGGAGAAACUGAUGAAUGACUUAGCAGACAGAAGGAAAGAGAUUUGUGAACUGGAGAAGAAAGUAUCAGACCUAACUCCUGCUGCUGAGAACCUCCCUAAACUUCAGGCCCAGCUGGACAAUGCUCUGAUCGCCAAACAGGAGAUGGAGUCCAAGGCCCAGAUCAUGGAGGAACAGUACCUCACUCAAGUCGGGGAGGCAGAGGAGAAGAAAGAACAGCUGGAGCAGAAGAUGAAGGAGCUCGACACUGAGAUGAAGUCCCAGAUUGCUGAGCUUGAACAGAAAAAACAACAGGCAGAGGAUGACCUGCUCAACUUGAGGGCAAACAAAGAUAAAGAAAUUGCUCAACUGAGAGAACAGGUGAGAAGCCGUCCAGCCAUGGUCGAUAAGGAUAUUGCCAGACCAGUCAACGUCAAGGGUUCUAUCCCAGCUCCUCCUGCUGAAGUGAAGCAUGCAUAUGUACAGACAACAGAAGAUCUCCUACCACAAGCACCGCCUACUCAAACUGUAACUCCAGUCUCAGCCCCAGCCCCUCCUCCCGCCCCACCCCCACCACCACUACCCCCAGGGGUCACCAUCCCUGCCCCUCCCCCUGCUCCCCCAUUACCUGGGGGUGUACCAGCCCCUCCCCCUGCUCCCCCUCCUCCUGGUGGGAUAGCACCACCCCCAGCCCCUCCACCCCCUCCAGGCUUAUCAGGGGCUGUACCCCCUCCUCCCCCUGCCCCUCCUCUCCCUGGGGGUAUUCCUCCUCCUCCCCCACCCCCUCCACCCCCUGGUGGUGCACCAAUUCCACCACCCCCUCCCCCACCUCCUGGUGGGGUGCCCCCUCCACCCCCUCCUCCAGGUGGGAUCCCCCCUCCACCCCCACCACCUGGUGGAGGUCCUCCCCCACCCCCUCCCCCUGGUUUUCCAGCACCAGGUCCCCCUAAACCUGUUACACCUCAGCUUCCAUAUGGAAUGAAACCAAAGAAAAAGUAUGAAGUAAAAGAUCAAACCAAGCGCAUCAACUGGGAAAAGAUACCUUCAAAUAAGCUAAAAGAGGACUCUUUCUGGGUAAAAGCAGAAGAAAGCAAGUUUGAGGAUGACUUUGUAUUUCAAGCUUUAAUGGAGAAUUUUAGUGUUAAAAAACCUGUUAAAAAAGAUGCUCAGGUUGAAGUAGCCAAUGAGAAGAAAGCUAAAAAAGUCAAAGAUCUCAGAGUCCUGGAUCCUAAGUCCGCCAUGAAUCUCUCUAUGUUACUGGGUUCUCUGAAGACACCCUACAAGGAAAUCCGGAGGAGGAUUGUAGAGGUGGAUCGGGAGCACCUGACCACGGGGAUGCUGGAACAACUCAUCAAGUACCUCCCCGAGCCCGAGCAGAUCAAAGAGCUCGGGUCACUGAAGGAGGAGUACGAUGACCUAGCAGAGGCCGAGCAGUUCAUAGCUACGGUGGGUAAAGGUUCAUAGCUACGGUGGGUAAAGGUUCAUAGCUACAGUGGGUAUAUUGUUCAUAGCUAUGGUGGGUAUAUUAAUGGCAUCACCAAAGAUCUGAUGGCAGCCACAGUGGCUUUAGAAGAAAUAAAGACCAACAAAAAGUUUGCUCAUAUCCUAGAACUUAUCUUAAUGAUUGGAAAUUAUCUCAACUCAGGUUCCAGAAAUGCUCAGUCUCUAGGAUUUGACAUCAGUUUUCUCAGUAAAUUGAAGAAUACUAAGACCCAGGACAAUAAGUCUACACUUGUCCAUUUCCUAGUCAGUAUAAUAGAGGAGAAACAUCCAGAUCUGGUCCAGUUCCAGGACGAUUUCACCUACCUUGAGAAGGCCUCCAAAGUAUCUGAUGAGACGAUACAAGGAAACUUUCGUUCGAUGGAGAAGUCUUUGAAGCAGGUGAAGGCGGAUAUAGAUAACUGUAAGAAAUCACCGAUGGAGGGGGACAGGUUUCCAGAGGUCAUGGAGGGUUUCCUAGAGGAUGCUAAGCAACAGUACGAGGUGAUGAUCAACAUGUCCAAAAAAAUGACCAGUUUGUAUGAAGAUAUGGGCAAAUUUUAUUGUUUUGACUUAAAGAAAUACACAAUGGAGGAAUUCUUUGGGGACAUCAAAAUCUUCCAAGACAGUUUUAAGCAAGCCCUCAAAGAUAAUGCUAAACAAAGGGAGACAAAUGCUAGACUACAGCGGGCAAAAGAGGCCAAGGAGCGUGCUCAAAAAGAAAAGGAAGAAAGAAUGGCCGCCCGCAAAGAAGGAGAAAUUCAGGGCAAGAAGAUUCCGACCAGAGGACUCGGUCCAAAGGAUGAUGACUUGAAGGGAGCAAUGGACAAUCUGUUGGAUGCUCUAAAGACUGGAUCAGCGUUCAACACGGCCCGACGGAAGAGAAAUCCAAGACCAGGCGGUGACGGAGAGGUGAAGGCAGUGAGAAAAAAACAUGAUCCUAUAGAUAUCAUGGCCAUGCAGAUGGAUUGUUGAUAGAUAUCUCAAUAGAUGAUAUCUCAAUAGAUAUCUCAGCCAGGCAGGAGGACUGUGGAUGUCUAUUAGAGAUAUUUCCAGGAAGGAUUUAGAUAUACAGAUGUACAUCUCGGCCAUGCAGAAGGAUGUUUGAUAUUUAUCAGGGCCACAUAGGAGGAUAAAUUAGAAAUAGGCUAAAUAUACACAACCAUUUUCAUGUCUUCCUUUACAGAUCCUUGUUUUUAUCUUUUUUUUUUGUGUUUUUUUCUAAAUUGUAUGCGGGGGUACAUAUUUAUGUUUAUAAAAGUUUAAUUGGAUUAAGUUAUAUAUUUGUUGGUUUUGUUUUGUUAAAUGUUGCCGGUACAUAUAUUAAGCUUAUAUUAUUUUUGGCACACAUAUCUCCAUAAUGAAAUGCACACUCUAUAAAGAGUAAUUUGUACAGAAUUAGUUAUCUUUGGUCCAUUGUAAAAAGUUACCUGAGUUACAAAAGAGGUAAACUUUAGUACAGUACCAACUUGUUGAAAGACCAAAAUACAACAGUUACUAUAAAUAGCUGGUAUAAGAAA